AUGGUGGAGACUUCCGAGCUUCCGUUUGAGCGCCUUACUUCGUGUGAGAUCUUUGAAGUGAAGGUGCUUCAGUCAGAGAGCAGUGCAUGUGAAACCGAAAGUGGACCAUUUAAAGUGUUUGGAUUUGGGUUUGACAUCAAAGGCAACAUGAGUGGCAUAUUGAUUCUGCUGUUGUGCAUCUUCUGUUCGAGUGUCACGGCCAGCCCCACAGCAGCACGUCGGGCACAGCUCCAUGAUGAUGUACAGCUGCUACACCCUCACAUAAUAACCCUUGAGCGUUUGGAGAAUUUGCUCAGGAGAGCUGGCGAAAUCUUUGGCCCCGCCAUUGAGGAAGACUCAAUGGCGGAAGCCAGCAGCCAUGUGCAGCAACAGGUGCAGCCGCAACAGCUAUUGUUGCCGCCCACAGAGCAACCGUAUAACUUCUAUUUGCCCCUCUUCGACUAUGUGGAUCCCAACCUGGAUGCCAAGAGCAGGCUCCUGGAGAAGAUAGCUCCUCCGCCGGAGUCGCAGAAGCAGGAGCACAAUUACUAUGCGGACAAGCCAAAGAAGAAGCCAAAGAAGUUCAAUGCGGCAGCCAAGCAUAUCAAUCUCAAUCUGAAGUGGUUGAAUACAUAUGAGAAGGCCAUGGGCGGGGAGACGCCCAAGGCACUCUACCUGGAGCAGGAUGAGCGCAAUCGCAUCAACUUUGACGAUUCCUUCUUUGCUGUGGACAUGCAGGUGAAGAUGCCGGAUAAUCAGCCACACAAAGAGGCUGGCCCCGGAGAACUUCUGCAGCAUGGCGAAGAGCAGGCGGAGGAGGAUCUAAUGGCGGCUCCUGCACAGUUCAAUUACGACUACAAAUCGAUUGAACAGGAUCAACAUCACUCAUAGAAAUUGUUCAUUUAA